AUGGAGGCAAAACCUUCAACUGAGAAGUUGGGGGAUGAGAAGGAAGGAGAGUACAUCAAACUCAAAGUCAUUGGACAGGACAGCAGUGAGAUUCACUUCAAAGUGAAAAUGACAACACAUCUCAAGAAACUCAAAGAAUCAUACUGUCAAAGACAGGGAGUUCCAAUGAUUUCACUCAGGUUUCUCUUUGAAGGUCAGAGAAUUGCUGAUAAUCACCCUCCAAAAGAACUAGGAAUGGAGGAAGAAGAUGGGAUUGAAAUUUAUCAGGAACAAACAGGGGGUCAUUCAGUGGUUUAG